AUGGCGGGGCCGGAGCGUGACCUGGCGGAGGAGAUGAGCGGCCCGGCAGGUCGACGCAGCAACCACACAGCAACACCAGCCGAGGGCCGAGCAGACCUGUCGGCCGAACCGGAGCGUGACCUGGCGGAGGAGAUGAGCGACCCGAGGGCCGGCGCCGCCCCGGCCAUGCUGCAGCUGGUCACACGCAGCGUGCUGGUUGCAGAGAGGAGCGGCGACAGUGUGGUGCGCGUCUCUGAGGCGGUGGGCAGGAGCGGCGGCCGCAUCCAGCGCCACUGGUGCAUCACGAUGACCAACCGCGCCGAGAGCCGACAUCUGAAACGGAUCCGCUCCGAGGACGGCGAGCCGGCGCCGCGCAAGAAGAAGCGCGCCGAGCGACCGCGUCCCGACGACGGCACCGCCGCGCGCGACGCGCCCAGCAGUCCGGCGUACAGUCCGCCGCCACGGGUAGAGUCGCAGUCGUCGUUCGGGGAGCAGACGGAGCCCGUGGACUUCUCCAACAACUCGCCGGUGGAUUUCUCGCUGGGCCGCGCCAUCGACUGCGUCACCCAUAACCAGCCCACCUACCAGGAGACGAUGGAGUACACGGACUCCCAGACCGUCAUGUACCGCGGUACGAUCAAUCCCACCUACUCCACGUCGCUGACGUACCACCGGCCGGCGUAUGACGCCGGCGUCACCUACAACGGCGCCGCCUACCAGAGCUUCGGCUACGGGGCCGACUACAGCGCCGCCUACACGACCAACUACGCGCCGGCGACGGCGUACUCGCCGUACACCGUGCCGUACUCGGUGGCGGCAGGGAAGCCGCUCAACGGCAGCGAGACCCUGCAGCGCGACCUGGACGGCCGGGAGCUGAUAUCGUGCCCGACCCCCGGCUGCGACGGCAUGGGGCACGCUACCGGCAACUAUGCCACCCACCGCAGUCUGUCCGGCUGUCCGCGCGCCAACAAGCCCAAGGGCCGUCGGGACGGCCAGGACAGCGAGCCGCUGCGCUGUCCGGUGCCCGGCUGCGACGGCUCCGGCCACGUGACCGGCAAGUUCCUCAGCCACCGCAGCGCCUCCGGCUGUCCGGUGGCCAACCGGAACAAGCGCUCCAUGGAUGCCUCGGGCGCGGCCGACCGCUCCUACUCCAGUCUGGGCAUGAUCAACUCCAUAUCAAUGGGCACGUACAUGGGCGGCAGCGGGUUCGGUUCUCCCUACAUGACCGGCUCCUACCCGGCCGCCAUCGCCGACUCGAAGAAGCCGCCGCUCGACUCCUCUGGCCGCCGCUCGUCCGUCGGGGCGACCGGCGAGGGAAUCGCCCCCGGGCCCACUGCCCGGCCGGGCUCCGGGUCGGCCAAGCUGUCCGUGUCGGCGACAGAUGUCACCAGUCUCUCCGUGACCACCCAGAUCAAAGACAAUCGGCAGGUUGGUGACGUGACGACGCCGGCGAACCAGGCGGGCACGGCGCUGAACGACUACUACGACUCGUUCCGCACCAACAUGAUCUCGCUGCUGGAGCACGUAAAGGCGCCCAGCUCGGCGGAUCGGUUGGCGCAGCCCGCCUUCGACUCGUACUUCUCGCGAUUGCACGGCAUGUACGGCGACAGUGGCGCCACCGAGGAGUACCGGCCGAUCUACGAAACGAUGAAGGCCGCGAUUCACGACUUCACCGUUAUGCCGACCCCAAUUUAGGCGU